CUUUCUGCACAACUGGUUCUGUGGACUCUGGUAGAGGGAGUGCCAUCCUUCAGUCUGAGUGUCUUCCCUCCUUCUCUCUCAGUCUGUCAGUGUGUCUUUCGCUCUCUUGGCCUCUCCCUGUGAGUCUCUCCUCUCCUCUCCUUAAAGCUGAGCUUUUGAUGCCACCAUGUUUCUAGCAAAGAACCUGCUCUGUGGAAUCAUCAAAGUUGUCACUGACAUCGACCCUUCACAGUUCAUCCCUUCAGACCCUCCUCCCACUCGCAGACCGCUCAACUUCGAACAGGCUCACGAGAACGAUGAGGAGAAACAGUUCCGGAGGGUUUUCCAUCAGCUUGCUGGAGAUGAUAUGGAGGUGAGCCCCAAUGAGCUAAUGAACAUCCUCAACAAAAUCCUCUCCAAACAUUCAGGCCUGAAGACAGACGGUUUCAGCAUCGAGUCCUGCAGGAGCAUGGUGGCCGUCAUGGAUAGUGACAGCACGGGAAAACUGGGCUUCCAUGAGUUCAAAUACCUGUGGAACAACAUCAAGAGGUGGCAGGGAAUCUAUCUGUCCCAUGAUGCCGAUGGUUCAGGUGUGAUCUGCUCUAGAGAGCUGCCACAUGCCUUCAAGGCUGCAGGUUUCCCUCUCAAUGACCAGCUCUUUAAGAUGAUUAUCCGGCGCUACAGUGAUGAGCACAGCGACAUGGACUUCGAUAACUUCAUCGGCUGCCUGGUGCGACUGGACGCCAUGUGCAGAGCCUUUAAGACUCUGGACAAGGACAACAGCGGCUCUAUCGAGCUCGACGUCAAGGAGUGGCUCCAGCUGACGAUGUACUCAUAAAGAACCAGAAACCUUCUUCUCUUCUUUCAUCUCAUUCCACCUUUGUGAGCUUUCGGAUGUGCAAUAGUGGCUGAAACCUGCCGUCUUCAUGCAAACAGGACCAAACAUCAGCAUAAAGCAAGAUAGCCAACAGGGACCAAAGUGCUGCUGCUGCACUGUCCUGCUGCUGCCAGGCAGAGGCGCUACAACAUCCCUAUGUUACAGAUCUCUUUGUUUAAUGUUCAACUAAAAUUUUUAACAGUUUUUAAUGAGGCUGGAACUGUUUUUUAAAUUGACUCUGAAUUUUUAAAAGAAUAAAACAAUACA